GUAGUCCUGAAACAAUUCAAAAAACAAAAUGUUUGCUGGUUUUCGGCCUUCUGAGACGGAUGUGACGACCGAUGGCGACCACGCCGCUGCGGUUGAGAAUGGGCAUUUCUUGCUAGACGCCUAUCUGAUAAGCCGCGUCAUCAUGGAUAUCUUGAAAGAAGAUUCCCUUUUCAAGAAUUAUCUAAGCGAGCUGCCGGAUCCAGCUUCCUUCAUGCACGGACUAUGCAUGGAUUUUCCAUUGCACAUUGAGAUCUUAUUGCCCAUUCGACUGCCCUUUGGGCUGGCCGCCAUCUUCAAUGAGGAGCAGCGUACUGUGCAGCUGAAGAAGCUCAACCCCGACCUGGAAUCUCCCUUCUUCUUUGCUAACAUGCUGAAUUCCAAGUGCAUGAACAUUCUGCUGGAGCAGGAGCUGCAGCGGGCCAUCGUCUCCUUGGGCUAUAUAUAUUCGGUCGUGAACAGUUCUGUGGUGUACAACUUGAGCUACAGGGCGCACAACCGCUGCAGUGCGCCGGUCAUGCACGAGGUAUUGGCCGUGCAGCGUGGCACUAACGGGCGCCGACGCCUGCGCUUUGACUUUAUCCUGGCGGUACUGUUCGAGUGGCCGGUGCUGCCCCUGCCACGCUACUAUAAUUGCCCCACAAACUGCACGUGGGUCGCCUAUGGCACGAUCGCUGGCGAUCACAACAGCAACCCGGCCGAUUGGAACGUGGUAGUGCCCAAGUGGACCUCAAGGCCGGACACACCCGCUAGGCAGUGCCGCAGAGUACUGCUCCUUACGCACCGCAUGCUAUGCGCCCAGCCGGCGCACAGCUGUGCCAUUUUGGGCUCCCGGAAUGGGAACUUGGCCCCAAUUAUCCGGGAAAUCGACCUCUUGGGGCACAACCGCACGAACACUGUACAGUUAAUUCUGAUGAUUAUGAACACAUUGGUGGAAAAAAACAUAUUCCGUCCGGAUUACCCAACCAAUGUGAGCGCUGCAAUGCUCCAAGCGAGCCAGCAGCGUAUGCGUCUCGAGGGGCUCAUCCGAAUACUGGAAAAUCUCCGAGAUGCGACUCCCGGUGAAAUUACCUAUGGAUACUACAGAUACAUCUAUAUCCUGCCGGCGCCCGUGCGUCGCGGCAGACUAUCCGUGCAACCGAUAAAACCCAAUACCAUGGCAAAAAACCUAUUCUCCCACACAAAAUACCGGCGAAAUAGCAUUUAGAGUUAUGUAGUGCUUCAGCCUUUGAAAACUCAAUUGACCAAAAGAAAAUGGAGAAGGGUUUUGCGAGGGCUGCCUCCC